CUUCUUCAAAUCAAAAACAACUUCAAAACUCAAACGAGUCAAAGUCAGAGAGAAGAGCGAAAAAGUAUUUGCUAGCAAGACGACGGGUGAUAGAGAAUUCAUGUCUUUCCUUUCGUAGCAGUCGCCAUGAGUGAAUUUCGUAAGCACCAUCUCGUCUCGGAGCUGUUGUCGUUGUUGGGUGCCACCGACACAAUUCGUCCAGAAAUUUUGCUAGACUUCCUCAGCAAUAAGGCGUUGACACAAAAGGUACAGACUCAAGUUGCUGCACACCAAGCCAAAAUUCGAGUGGCAGAGUCCAGUGCCCAGCCCGAAAAGUUUGUUCAGCUUUACGAUGAACUGAAGAGCAAGCAGUUGCGUGAAUUGGACCCGUUCGUGUACAUUUUAUCUCGAAUAGCCGAGGACAAAAGUCUGAGAGAGUUCCUUCAGACGACAUGCAAGCACCCUGCCGUGGCCGCUGCGGACACCGAUGGCGGAGAGCUGCAGGCGCUGCCGGCGGAAAUUCUCGACCGUCUACCCGCGCCAGUUCGUAGUGUUGCUACUGCUACGGACGGCAGCAGUAGCACCAGUGGUCCUGCGUCGUCAGCAUCACCCGGACCUGCAGCAGCAGCAGCAGCAACAGUCAUGACUGCAGAGGAAGUCAGCACUUUGCGCAGUCAGCUGGCGUCUCUCUCCAAGACCACCACGGCUGACGUCCGGCAGCGUCGCAGCAAGCAGCAGCAACAACAGCAGCAGCGCCAGGGCAAAGGAGUCAGCGUAGAACUUCCAGCAAUGCCGGACUGGUUGGCGACACGGUGCAAUCUGACAGAGGACUACCCGGCAGUUUCCGGUACACGGUCGGCGGGCCAGGCUACUGGCCCUAUAGGAAAUCUACCAGUACGUGUCCAGGAGAGAGUGUUAAUGCAAGACCUGAUCCAUGUUCUUCAGGGCGUCGACGGGCAAUACAUCAAAGUCGAAACUCUGAAAAACAAGCUGGACGCGCGAGUGAAGGUGCAAGCGCCCAAGUUCAAAAUUGACCCGACGCUUGACCAGUCGCUAUCGGAGCUGGCCACGCGAUUGCUUCCAUUGGCGUCGCAGCGGUCCGUCAUCUGGCAGUACGUCGAGGGUGACGGCGGUCCGCUGAGCACGUACGGACCUGUGCGUCAGGCGUUCUGCGCGUCGCUGCGCCGCGAGAUGAAGGACCUGGCCGUGUUCGUUGCCCAGCUGGAGCACGCCCUGCGCACGGACUGCCUGACGCUGCAGCAGAUGCUGUUCUACGCACAGCCCUACCUGAAGGCCAUGUCGGCGCUGGCCGAGGCGUGCGCGAGGGCGGCGCAGGGCCGGUGUCGUGGCGCCCGGCUGCUGUCGCUGCUGCACGAGUUCACCAGCAACACGGUGGGCGAGAUCCACGCGCUGUUCAGCAUGCUGACCGUGGCCGCCGCUGCGCCCUACCUGGCCAUGGUGGAGAAGUGGGUGUACCGCGGCGUCAUCGAUGACCCGCAUCGCGAGUUCAUGGUCGAGGAGAGCUCCAGCAUUGCACGGCAGCGCCUGCGCGAAACCUACAACGACGCCUACUGGGAGAGUCACUACACGAUUCGCAAGGACUGCGUACCGGUGUUCUUCGACUCUGUUGCCGAUAAGAUCCUGUGCGCCGGCAAGUACCUGAACGUGGUACGUCAGUGCGGCCGCAAUGUCGAGUGUCCCACCGCCGUACAGCUACACUACACGGCCAGCUCGCCGCGUCACGGCUACGUGCAGGCCAUCGACACGGCGCACACGUUUGCCGCGCAGUGCGUCCUGCGCCUGAUCAUGGACGAGGCCAACCUGAAGGCGCGGCUGCGCAGCGUGCACCGCUACUUCCUGCUGCAGCAGGGCGACUUCUUUGUGCACUUUCUCGACCUGGCCGAUUCGGAGCUGCGCAAGAACGUUGACGAGAUCGCCGCCGGGCGACUGGAGACGCUGCUGGAACUGGCGCUGCGUUCCACGGUGGCUGAAAUGGACCCGUACAAGGACGACCUGCGUGUUAUUCUGAAGCAAGACGACCUGGUCACGCAGCUCUCCUGCAUCCUGGCCGUCGAGACCGAGGUCUCCAGGUCUGGCUCGAAUGCCUCCAUGGCGUCUCUGGCCUCCGCUAUUCACAAUCAUAGCGAUCGCAGUGACUUCCGCCUCAGCGGCCUCGAGGCAUUCGCGUUUGACUACGAAGUGCAGUGGCCACUGUCCCUCGUCAUCAGCCGCAAAGCGUUGACCAAGUAUCAGCUGCUGUUCAGGCACUUGUUCUACAUCCGCUAUGUGGAGAGGCAGCUCAACAGCUGCUGGAUGGCAGCAAAGUCGUUCAAGCAGCUGUGCAUGUCCUCUAAAACCCAGGCUGCCAUUGGCUGGCUAGCGCCGGCGUUUGCUCUACGCCAGCAGAUGCUGAGCUUUGUGCAGCACAUCUGGGAUUACACGUGCAUUGAAGUUGUGGAGCAAAAUCGUGCACAGCUGGAAGCAUCUCUGUCGCAGGCGACCACUGUGGACCAGGUCCUGGCGUUGCACAACGACUUUCUGGAUCGGUGCCUCAAGGACUGCAUGCUCACCACCCCGGAGCUGCUCAAGAUCAUCCACAAGCUUCUGACGACGUGCGUGAUGUUCACGAAUUAUCUUCACAAGUUCUUGCGCGGAAAGGACCUCAGCGAGCUGGCAUCUGUCAUUUCCGGAAAGCCAAAAAAAGCCAAGAAGAAGGCUGCUGCGGCGGUGGCGUCUGAGCAGACAGGCCUGACACAGAGCAGCGACAUGGAGGGCAUGCUGUCGACGAUCUCGCGCAACUUCGUCAAGUACAUGCUAGCGCUGCUCAGCGAGCUGCGCAAGGUCUCGGUCGACGAGUUUGAGCGCUGCAUGAGUAGCAUGGUGGCGCGCCUGGACUACAACUCCUACUACAGCAAGCAGGAGGAGGCGCAGCAGGCCAUGUACCAGUCCAACACGUCACUCUCCUCGAUCGGUUCACUUAACCUGGGCUGAGAGACGGCGGCGAGGCUUGCAGAGCACGUACGUUGAUCUCCGCUGGCUCUUGUUUGCCACAGCCUAGGCACAGGUGCCACUACCACUAGGUUAUAUUUACCUUCUACUUUCUAGGUAAGAGAGUGUGCUCUAUUGUGUGCAAUUACUUAGACCCUCAACACAGCACUUGGUGUAGAGUCCGUGCAGUGCGUUGCGUUUAGACUCAUGACACCGCACUGGGUCUACUGGCGGUGCGCUGUUUCAAACAUCAAUCAUAUUCUUCAUGCAACACAUGGACCGUUUUUUAGCUUAGGGUUUGUGACAUUUUAUAUCCUAAAUCCUUCCCUUAGUGUUGUGAUUUAGACUUUUAUCACUCUUAUACGAUUCUCUAGCUCACUCUCUAAUUAUUUCGGGAUGGUCAGGAACAUGAUCUGAGAGUUGGCUCAGACUUGUUGCCUUUUUUAAAGCCAUAUAAACCAACAAGAACUAUCUUGAUUGUAUCUUCAUGUCUGCUUUCA